UGCAAACGACGUAUCCCAUGACCAUCCUAUCAUGCCUGGGACAGCAUUUGUCAACAUUACAUGUCAGAGCACUCCAAAAUGGCGGAUCGUGAAAAGGACCCAGAGAAUGAAGACGACACAUGCGAGGUGAUCUACCUGACAGAAUAUGCCAGACGUCAACAAUGGUGGGGCCGCCUAUUUGGUGGGAACAAUUCGGGUCCUAUGUCUGAGAAGUAUUCGGUGGCCACACAAAUAGCACUGGGGGGAGUGAGUGGCUGGUGUGCAGGAUAUCUUUUCCAGAAGGUGGGGAAGAUUGCAGCCACCGCUGUAGGUGGAGGUUUCCUGUUAUUACAGAUAGCCAACCACAGUGGCUAUGUGCAGGUGGACUGGAAGAGAGUGGAAAAGGAUGUCAACAAAGCCAAGAGACACCUGAAGAAGAAUGCUGACAGGGCUGUACCAGAGUUUAACUCACUUAUUGACCAGGUAGCCCACUGUAGCUGUCCACAGAGUUUGUGAAGACAAAUGUAAUCAUCACCAGUGGAUUCUUUGGAGGCUUUUUGCUUGGUCUGGCAUCCUAAGAUAUAAAAAUAGAGACCUGCAGUUUAUUAAGACUUUUUUUUGAGAGGUCUUGUCUGUCGUGCCCUUCUUAAAUGGUGGUGGGAAAAACAAGAACAGAUGCACAAUAUAUCAAAAUGAGCCAAAGUGUAAUUACACAAACCACAAAAGGGUAGUGCACUUGUAAAUACUCUGUUAUGUGUACCUACAGUUACACAAUACCUACCCAUGUAUGUACCAUGUAAAUGCUAAAUGCUUGGUUUUAGUGCCACUUGAAACUGUAACCAAGAUUUUCUGCUUCUCCACCGAAUAAACAAAACCAUGUUUCUUGUCAGGCUUCAGCUCUGAUUCAAGAAAAUCGGGCGUGACCUAAAAGGAAUCAGUGGGUCUUGUGGGAAAUACUGGUCUACAAAACAGUCCAUCAACACUCUGUAAGAGCACACAGGUGUUGUGAUCCUGUACAUGGGAUCUAGUGGUCCUGUCCCACUCAGACUCAUGUAUUCAUCAUAUGAAAAGAUAGAAACAUACACUCAUUCAAUUGCUUUGAGCGGGUGCUGGAGAUCAAAGUGUGUACGUACAUGUAUGUAAAACGGAUAGGAAGACGCCACAAGUCGCUCUGGAUAAGAGCGUCUGCUAAAUGACUUAAAUGUAAUGUAACAUUGCAAUCUAAGCUGUAUUUAUUGAGAUCGACCUUUGGGGUCCAUCAGACUCCCAUGCAUCCCGUAGAAGUAUACGUACAGUGUACUGUUGCAUUGAUUACAGGUACACACCUUAUUGGGUUGUAAUUCUGGACCUUAUUGAUUACAUUUGGGUCCAGUUCUUUUCCAGUUCAUUUGUUUAUAUUGUUAUUUUUGUCAAUAGUCCUACACCGCUAGUAUACUCAAGUCAUGCAGUGCAUCAUGUUGCUCAGGAAACUAUGCAUGACAUGUCAUUUUCAUUGUAUGCAUUAAUUCUUCAGUCACGUUAUAUUGAGUGAUUUAGGAUUACUAUGACAAUAUAUUAUUUUGUCUUUACAAGCAGUGCAAUAUUUGCUUAGAGGUAGUGUAGCCUCUUCUCUUUCACAGAAAAGCUAUUUACCUUUGUUAUUGAAUGACAGUGUUGUUGUACUUUGUGUAUAUAUCCUUAAUAAAGGACAAUGCAGCAAU